UUCAUUUCUUACCACCAGCACCUUGUUGAUGGACAGCAGCAUAGUAGAGGAGAGGGUCCAAUUCAUGGCUCCGUCGGGCGAUCAUCUACUUAGUGGUAUUCUAAUGAGACCAUCAAGAGCAUGCAACUCAGUGGUCAUAGUCUGUCAUGGCCUCUUCUGCGAUAAGGACCAUCCCCUGGUGUCAUCAAUCGCUGAGGCCUUCGUCACUCAACUUGGUGUGUGUUCCUUUCGAUUCGACUUUUCUGCCAAUGGGGAGUCCCCUGGGGAGUGGGACGGUGCGGACUAUUAUCAAGAGGUCCUCGAGGUGGAUGCUGCUGUCCUUAUGCUCCAACAGGGCAAGGGCUUGAAAACCAUCUGUGUCCUUGGCCACUCUAAAGGUGGUACAGUUGUUAAUAUGUACGCUGGAGCCCUUGAUGUUGUCACACAAGUGCCAAUGGUCGUAUCACUCAGCGCUCGAUUCGAUCUCUCUGUUCGACCUGAGGAUCGCUUUUCGCCUAGUGAGAUGAAGUCAUUGGAGGAGGUUGGGUAUUGUGAUAUAGUUAAGACCACUCCUAAUGGGGAAAGGGUAUAUCGAUGGUGGAAGGAAUCAUUACAGAAGAUAUCAGCAAUUAAUAUGAGGUCAAUAGUUGAGAGCUCUGCGACGAAAAAGGAGGACAUGUUGAUGAUGUUCAUUCAUGCUGUUGAUGAUAAGACAGUACCAGUAUCAGACCUCACCAUGUUCGCCGAUACAUAUGAUAGAGUUGCCUCUGGAGAGGGAAAAAGAUGUAUCAAAAUGCAGCUGCCAGCAGGAGGACAUUCUUUCAAGUACAAUGAGGAACGGCAGCAGUUUCUUGUACCUCUUUUCGAGGCCCUUCGUAGCAAGCAUCUCGUUUAGAUUUUAAUCAGACAGCCUGAUAAGGCCUAAGGAUGUAAUGGAAUAGGUGUCGCUCCAUUAUCACGCAUGGUCAAUCACUAUUGCUGCUCGGGUGCUUGUGGUUUUAUCAUUUUGGUUUCCUUCC